UCUCUCUCUCUCUCUCUCUCUCUGAGAUUUGAUUCAUGGCUCUUCGGAGAACACUAGCGAGGCGGCUCUUCGGCAAAACCAGAGACUCAUCUCCACUCGCAACGCUAGAUCUCUCGCCAAUUUCGUCCCCUUCUUCACCCAAAACCCUAACCCCACCAAAUGCCGCCACAACCAACUUCCGCGGCGAGUUCCUGCUGACACCGCAGGAUUCAGGCGCGGCCACCGGAUUUUUCAGGAGGUUCCUCCAGCGGCGGGCCAUAAACCAGGCAGCUGCCAGGCUGCCGGAGUUCCUCUCGAUUCCGAUCGGGGACAAGCUGAAGGAGAAACUGAUCAAUGUCGCCGGCGACCAACGUCUCCGACUGGACGGACUGAGUCCUCCUCCUCCUCCUCCUCCUCUAGCGAUUUCAUCAUCAGGUCCGUCAGGAUGGUUCGGCUGCGGAGUGAGUGUGCAGGAAGCGAAGAAGAUCCUGAGGUCUUCGCAGUUGGAGAAGUUGAGAUCGGAGCUGAGGAAGAUUCCGGUGAACUCGAUCUCUUACACGGAGUACGUGGAGAAGUGCGUGGAUGUGUGUUCAAGCCGGGAGCAAGGCUUGGAGUUCGCGAAGAACUUGGACGAGUCCGGUAACGUGAUCGUCUUGGGGAACGUCGUCUUCAUUCGGCCGGAUCAGCUGGCAAAAUCAAUGGAGAAAAUAUUCUUGGAGUCGGUGGCCAGGCCAGACGACCCAAGGAGGACAGAACUGGAGGAGAUGCAACGGCAGAAGACGGCGAUCGACAAGAAGGCCCAACAGCUGGUGCAAGGGGAGCUCUACUGUGGGCUGGGCUUUCUGGUGGCUCAGACGCUGGGCUUCAUGAGGCUGACCUUCUGGGAGCUGAGCUGGGACGUGAUGGAGCCCAUCUGCUUCUUCGUCACCUCCCUCCACUUCGCCUUGGCCUACGCCUUCUUCCUCAGGACCUCCAAGGAGCCCUCCUUCGAAGGCUACUUCCAGCGCCGCUUCAGGGUCAAGCAAGCCAAGCUCUUCAAAACCCACAAUUUCGAUCUCAACAGGUACCACGACCUCACCAGAAUUUUCUAUCCUGAACGCCACAACGCCGCUCCCGCCUCCGCUCCCAAUAGCGCCGGAGAGGUGGUUUUAGACGCCGUGCACGGCUGAAGCUGCUGGUACGAAAGAGGCAAAAUGGGACGGCGGAAAGAUAGCUUCUUUUUUUUUUCUUUUUAUUUUUUUUUUUAACUUCUUAAUUACUAGUUUAAAUAAGUAAUUAAGAAAGACAGAGAGUACUACUAAUUAAGUAGGUUUUAGGUGACUCAAAAACUUUUCAGGUGUAUUUUAGAAGAAGGAUAUAGUAUAGUAUAGUAUAGUAUAUACUGAAGAGUGAAGAGAGUGGUACAGUUUCUUCCAUUGUUCAUGCAUCAUCAUCAUUAAUAUCUCUUUUUUCUCCCACUG